CACCCAUCUCUCAAACUGCCAAGAUAUUAAAAUAAUCUCAAAAUUAAAAUGGGUACUAAAUAACUGAAACUAUAAGCAAUAACAAUGUAAUCUAAGAUCAUCGACCAAAUACGAAAAAGCAUGGGUACCGCAACUUCACAUAAACACUUACAAACCAUCCGAACCCAAGUAUGGAGAAUCUAGCUUUUUUCGUGUUUGUAAUCUGCAAAUUCCACUAAUAAAUAAUAAAUCAAGCAAUCCAGGACCUAAUUUAAUAGAAGAAUAAAAUAAAACAAGAUGGGUAAACCCAAGCACGACCCGCCAACCCCAACGUUCCCCUACAAGAUAUCAAAACGGCUGAACCUCAUGAGCGUACCUCGGCCUUGGUUCACUGUGUCCGAUGAGGGCAUGCCGGCCUACACGCCGUUCGGCGUCAGGGCGUCGGCGCUCCGCGGCCGGGGGACAGAGCGGACCUAUGAAGUUUCUUGGCCGUAUGUACGUCGCUUCCUCCUCACCAAACGCAUGUACAAACACAUGUUCUCCGCCGAACGUCUCGAACGUAUCGACCGCAUGAUGGAGAUGGCAAACAGCACGGCCUACUCCAAGCUGGCUGGCUGCGUCAUGGACCUCAAGUCCAAGGAGAAGAAGGACCCGAAGAAGAAGAAAGGGUGGAGCGAAACGGAUUGGAAGAAGCAUAUGGACUAUAUCUCGCAGAUCUCGAAGCCGAGGAAGGACUUUACUGUGGAGGUUCCUAGGCGUGGGGAGAGGCGCAAGUUAGAGGAAUUGCUGCCUCGCAUCAACUUCAUGGCUAUGCUGCCCGAGUUCAAGGUGUACCGUCGGCCCUCGCAGGAAUCCAACUACAGGGAUCCUACCAAGGUACCGCCAAAGGCCCUCACAUACGUCAUCUCAGAACGAGUAAAGCUACUGGCCAAGGCCCGACCAGUACCGCAGGACUGAGCAGGAUAGCAUAUACGGAAUGUGAAGAAGAGUAAAGGAGAUGGCAGCAACGACCACCAACAAAACCAUUCACUGCCUUGAAGGCUUGGAAAUACUUGGAGAUUGAAUAACAAAAAUGAAGCUAUUUUUCUAUGGUAGCCGCAAACCAAACUGAUAACCGGAGUCAUAUCACUAUCACUCUCUCUCUUGCCACGAACAGGCAAGUGUGAAUGAAAAGUUUUACGACCCCGGGUGUCAGUAUGGUUUGAGGAUACUAUAGUGAUAUACGCCUUACGCUGCGCUAACACUAUUGUGAUUAUAUAGCGAUGAAACCAUUUACUACCUUGAGCCCUGGAAAUACAGUCGAAGAUUCAACAGCAAA